AAUACCAAAUUACAAACACCAGAAUGCAAAAACCUGAAAAACAUUCUCGUUCGUAAAAUCAAGAAACCUUGCUUUACCUCUAAAAAUUCUCUGAAGCUUAGUUUACCAUAUUUUUGGUUAUUACUUACCACUAUUAUUCUUUUUCACAUUUUGCUUCUUAAAUACGUCUCGAUUUGCAACCCAAAAUUCUGUGUGACCAGAGGGGCCUUCAUGUCCUUCUCUAGGGUUCAUUAUAUAUUCCUUCUUCUUCCUCCUCUUUCUCCCUCAACAUGUCUAUCUAGCUCUUCACAGUGAUUGAAGGUAUUUUAUGCCUGGGUUCAACUGCUAUUAAGAUUCUGAGGAGGUUUAAUUUAUAGGGUUAAAAUGCCAUCAGAUAGUCGUGGUUCGUCGAUGCCAUUUGCAUCAUUCCGUCGUUCAAUUCUGAGUAUUAGAAGUGAACAGGUUCAUUCCCUGGAGUUGAACCAUGAUUCUAAUGUUCAUGAGAUAGAGCAGGAAGCAUUUCAGAAACUAGUGUUCACUCGAUUUAAGGAGCUCUCGGUUGCUCCUGCUGAUGAAUUCCUUUCCAUUGCAUGGAUUCAGAAGUUACUAGAUGCAUUUACCAGUUGUCAGGAAGAGCUCAGAAUUGUAUUGAACAACAAUAAGGAGCUCCUCUUGAAAUUGCCUCAAGAUAAGCUUUUGUCGGACUACUUUGACAGAACUAUAAAAGCGCUUGAUAUUUGCAAUUCAGCCCGUGAUGGAAUUGGGAAGAUUAGACUCUGGCAGAAGCAUUUGGAAAUUGUGGUUUCUGCAUUGGAUUCUCGACAGAAGAUGAUUGGCGAAGGUCAGCUCCGUCGGACUAGAAAGAGUCUGAUGGAUUUGGCUCUUGUGAUGCUAGAAGAGAAAGAAACUGGAUCUGUUUUAUCCCAGAGGAACCGUUCUUUUGGACGCCAUAAUAAGGCCAAGGAUCACCAGCGUCGUCCUUCAGGGCACUCAAGGUCUCUAUCUUGGAGCGUUUCUCAAUCUUGGUCAGCAUCUAAACAGCUCCAGUCAAUUGCAAGCCACUUGGUUGCUCCCCGCGGACAUGAAAUAGCUGCAACUAAUGGGAUAGCAAGCCUUAUCUUUACAAUGAACUUUGUCCUCCUGUUUGUACUGUGGGUUCUUGUUGCUGCAGUCCCUUGUCAAGAUCGAAGCCUCCAAAUUCAUUUUACUGUCCCAAGGCAGUUUUCAUGGAGCAAUGCCCUUUGGUUGCUUCAUGGUAGAAUAAUGGAUGAAGCUAAGAAGCCAGAGCGCCGCAAUUCAAAUGGAUUGUUGAAGGAAAUAUAUCAGCUAGAAAAAUGUGUCCAUCACUUGACUGACUUGAUAGACUCUGCUCAAUUACCAUUGACCGAGGGUCUGAUGGAAGAAAUAAAAAUGGGCGGACAAGAUUUAUCAGCAGUUUGUGAAGAUCUUAAGGCUGGCCUUUCUCCACUAGAACGCCAUUUAAAGGAAGUAUUCAGAAAAAUUAUGAGUUGCCGGACAGAGGGUCUUGAACUUCUGGGAAGUGCAAAUCAGCCUUAGAAUAUAUGUGUCUUCAACUUCUAACAAAGUGAAAUUUCAUAUACAUCCCUAUUUUGGUUAUGCUGGUAUUAAAGAAGUAAAAAAGGAAACAAACCUAGCAACUUUGGUUUUAGCAGGUAACUGUUUGUAUGUAAUACUAUACCUUAUGUAAAACCAGUUUCCAUUUGUCAUGUUCUGGAUUGUGAUAGUUUCCAAAA